UUCUUUGUUGUAUUGAAAAACUUUAAAUAAAUAUUGUUCGAGUUUUGAGUAUCAUACCGUAUUAUUAUUUUUCGCUUUAUUAACUGAACGGGUUGCUGGAAGUGCUUCCGAAGCUAAAUCGCGACAGGUUCAAAAACGGGUGAUGGGACGGAAAAAGAGAAAAAAGGAGUUAGUCGGUGAACCGGGGUCGUUAAGACAAGUUGAAAAAGAGUGUAGUGGCGCCUUGCUCCUGAGGACCGAUAAUAGUACGAGAAAAUGAGGACUGUAAUCAUACUUGGUGUUUUGAUGUGUUUAGUUCUUAUUCAAGCCAAGCCUCAUCAUCAUGGAUCAACAGAUCCCAGUGGUGGAUUUGGGGGUGGUUUUGGGGCCGGUUUUGGUUUUGGUGGUAUCGUAGCUGGUGGAUUUGGAACUUCGAGUGAUAAAGUUGGUACUGCAACUGCUGCUACAGCUUCAGCAGGAUUGAUGAAAAGUGCAAAUUUUGUUAAAAAAGGGGCUGAUUGCAAUUGGAGAAACAGACAAACUACUACGACCACAACGACGACUACUACAGAAGCUUCAGCUUAAUAAUUAUUAUUGCAACUAUAGGGUGUAAAAAACAAUUCGAUAAAUAUAUGUUGUAACACUGUG